AUGCCCUUUUCCCGCGUGAUGACAGUCCCUCGACUACGGAUUGCCCUUCGCAGUAGUCGUCGCCAUUCGCCUCUUCCCAAACUCGCAGCCACCUUCUCUACCACCGCCUCCUUUCGCUAUGGCCACCGAGAACCCAAUUACUAUGAUAUCCUCGGAGUACCGGUGACAGCAUCGGCUUCGGAGAUCAAGAAAGAAUUCUACUCCCUCUCCCUCCGCCACCACCCCGAUCGCAACCGCGACGAUCCCACCGCCUCCGAACGCUUCGCCCGCAUCUCCUCCGCCUACAAUGUCCUCGGCAACCACACCAAACGCGCCACCUACGAUCGCGACCACGGCAUCCUAGCCCAGCACAUGUCCUCCUCUACGCACAGCACCGCCCACCCGGGUCAACACCCCAUGGGCAGUCACAGCAGCUACAGCGCCAACCUCCAUAACGAGGGCGGAUCCUACGCCGGGUCCCGACCUGCCAGCGGCCUCAGUAAACGCCGCGGUCAAUUCCGUGGCCCGCCGCCGAGCUUCUAUGCCCAUGGGGGCUACGGGAAUCGGAAACCACCGCCGGGUGCCGGGCCAGGAGCCUGGGCUGGCGCUGGCGCUGGGGCGCCAGGUGGUGGUGGUGGUGGUGGUAGUCGUGUGCAUGAAGAUGAUCCUAUGUCGUUUAUUCAUCGGAAUCCCGUAUACCAUUUUAAUGCCCACGGUCACUACCGCACGCAGACGGCGGAGGAUGCGCGGCGGCAGCAGCGCCGAUCCCGUGAAAUGGGCUCUACGAUGAAUGAGCAGCAUAUCCCCACCUCGGGGGACUUCGUGAUGCGGUUCAUCAUCGUCUGUGGCAUGCUGGUGGCAUCGGCUGGUGUGGCGAGAAUCACUCGAUCAUCUGGAGACGAGAAGAAGGCACGCAAGGCCGCUACGCGUCGGAAGGAUGACUAG